GGCUGAAAACUCAACCGAGAUGGAAUCUCCCAGUCUGAACCGGUUUCAACCGGUUCCGAGUUUGUGGCACUAGAAGGAGGGGGAGAAGCGGCGCGGCGGCAGCAGCAGCAGCAGUAGCAGCAACAGCAACAUCCACAGCAAUAGCAACAGCCCCAGCAGCGGCGUCUGUUCCAGUCUUUGCUGCUGCCGGCCGUGCAAUCACCCGGAGGGGGAGGAGGAGGAGGAAGAGGAGGGGAGAAAGUUUAGGGGAGCCGGGUUGGGGGGGCCCAGCCGCCGGAGCCGAGUGAGAGAGGGGACUGCGUUGUGGUGGGGGGAAAGUCGGACUGCACCUGGCAGCACCGAGCGUCCCCCUGACUGGACUUCAGCGGCGCCCCCCCCCCCCCCCCCGUUGCUCCUGCUGCUGUCUGGCCGGAGGGUCCCCUUGGGGCUGAAUCUCUGGGACCUGACUCCCCUUCUCCCCUCCCCCGCCCCUCCUUCUCCACCCCAUCGGGAUCGUUGAUUCAUCCGCUUCGUUAUCGUUAUUUUGGGGGGAGGUGGGCAAACUGUGAAACCCACCUUCGUCAACCCUCUUUCCCCCCUCCCCACCUUCCCUCAUCCCUUUCCAGCCCCUCCCCACAAGGAAGGACGAGGCAGUUGGUUCAAUCUCUGGUAAUCUAUGCCAGCAAUUAUGACAAUGUUAGCAGACCAUGCAGCUCGUCAGCUGCUGGAUUUCAGCCAAAAACUGGAUAUCAAUCUUUUGGACAGUGUGGUGAAUUGCUUGUACCAUGGGGAAGGAGCCCAGCAAAGAAUGGCUCAGGAGGUCUUAACACACUUAAAGGAACAUCCUGAUGCGUGGACAAGAGUUGAUACAAUUUUGGAAUUUUCACAGAAUAUGAACACGAAAUAUUAUGGACUACAAAUUUUGGAAAAUGUGAUAAAGACAAGAUGGAAAAUUCUUCCAAGGAACCAAUGUGAAGGAAUUAAAAAAUACGUUGUUGGCCUUAUCAUAAAGACUUCAUCUGACCCAACAUGUGUAGAGAAAGAAAAGGUGUACAUUGGAAAAUUGAAUAUGAUUCUUGUUCAGAUCUUAAAACAGGAAUGGCCCAAACACUGGCCAACUUUCAUCAGUGACAUUGUAGGAGCAAGUAGGUCCAGUGAAAGUCUCUGCCAGAAUAAUAUGGUGAUCCUUAAACUAUUGAGUGAAGAAGUAUUUGAUUUCUCCAGUGGGCAGAUCACUCAAGUGAAAGCAAAGCAUUUGAAAGACAGCAUGUGCAAUGAAUUCUCACAGAUAUUUCAGCUGUGUCAGUUUGUGAUGGAAAAUUCCCAAAGUGCUACGCUUGUACAUGCCACUUUGGAAACAUUGCUAAGAUUUCUAAACUGGAUUCCACUGGGAUAUAUAUUUGAAACCAAGUUAAUCAGCACAUUAAUAUAUAAGUUCCUAAAUGUUCCGAUGUUUCGAAAUGUUUCUCUGAAGUGCCUCACUGAGAUUGCUGGUGUGAGCGUAAGCCAAUAUGAGGAACAAUUUGUAACACUAUUUACACUGACAAUGAUGCAGCUAAAACAGAUGUUACCUUUAAAUACCAAUAUUCGACUUGCUUACUCCAAUGGAAAAGAUGAUGAACAAAAUUUCAUCCAGAAUCUCAGUUUGUUUCUCUGUACAUUUCUUAAAGAACAUGGUCAGCUUAUAGAAAAGCGACUAAAUCUCAGGGAAACGUUGAUGGAGGCGCUUCACUAUAUGUUAUUGGUAUCAGAAGUCGAAGAAACGGAAAUCUUUAAGAUUUGUCUUGAGUAUUGGAACCAUUUGGCUGCUGAACUAUACAGAGAAAGUCCAUUUUCGACCUCUGCCUCUCCAAUGCUCUCUGGAAGUCAACAUUUUGAUGUUCCUCCCAGGAGACAACUUUACCUCCCUGUAUUAUCCAAGGUCCGUUUAUUGAUGGUGAGUCGAAUGGCUAAACCUGAAGAAGUGCUCGUUGUAGAAAAUGAUCAGGGAGAAGUUGUGCGAGAAUUUAUGAAGGAUACAGACUCCAUUAAUUUGUAUAAGAAUAUGAGGGAAACUUUGGUAUACCUUACACAUUUGGAUUAUGCAGAUACUGAAAGAAUAAUGACUGAAAAACUUCACAAUCAGGUGAAUGGAACAGAAUGGUCUUGGAAAAAUUUGAACACUUUAUGUUGGGCAAUAGGCUCAAUUAGUGGAGCGAUGCAUGAAGAGGAUGAAAAAAGGUUUCUUGUUACAGUCAUAAAGGAUCUUUUAGGAUUAUGUGAACAGAAAAGAGGCAAAGAUAAUAAAGCUAUUAUUGCAUCAAAUAUCAUGUACAUAGUAGGACAGUAUCCAAGGUUUUUGAGAGCUCAUUGGAAAUUUUUGAAGACUGUGGUCAACAAGUUAUUUGAAUUCAUGCAUGAAACCCACGAUGGUGUCCAGGAUAUGGCCUGUGAUACCUUCAUAAAAAUAGCGCAAAAAUGCCGCAGGCAUUUUGUUCAGGUUCAGGUUGGAGAAGUAAUGCCAUUCAUUGAUGAGAUUCUGAACAACAUUAACACUAUCAUUUGUGAUCUUCAGCCUCAGCAGGUUCAUACAUUCUAUGAAGCUGUUGGAUAUAUGAUUGGUGCGCAAACUGACCAAACAGUACAAGAACAUUUGAUAGAAAAAUAUAUGCUACUUCCUAAUCAGGUGUGGGACAGCAUAAUUCAGCAAGCCACAAAAAAUGUGGAUAUACUUAAGGAUCCUGAAACAGUUAAGCAGCUUGGAAGUAUUUUGAAAACAAAUGUAAGAGCAUGUAAAGCUGUUGGUCACCCCUUUGUAAUUCAGCUUGGACGGAUUUAUUUAGAUAUGCUUAAUGUGUACAAGUGCCUCAGUGAAAAUAUUUCUGCAGCUAUCCAGGCCAACGGUGAAAUGGUUACAAAGCAACCCUUGAUUAGAAGUAUGCGAACAGUAAAAAGGGAAACUUUAAAAUUAAUAUCUGGUUGGGUGAACCGGUCUAAUGAUCCACAGAUGGUAGCUGAAAAUUUCGUUCCUCCUUUGUUGGAUGCAGUUCUGAUUGAUUACCAGAGAAAUGUUCCUGCUGCUAGAGAACCAGAAGUACUUAGUACAAUGGCCAUCAUCGUCAACAAAUUAGGGGGGCACAUAACGGCUGAAAUACCUCAGAUAUUUGAUGCUGUUUUUGAAUGCACAUUAAAUAUGAUAAACAAGGACUUUGAAGAAUAUCCUGAACACAGAACAAACUUUUUCUUGCUACUUCAGGCUGUAAAUUCUCAUUGUUUCCCAGCAUUCCUGGCCAUUCCACCUGCACAAUUUAAAUUAGUUUUGGAUUCGAUUAUUUGGGCUUUCAAGCAUACUAUGAGGAAUGUUGCAGAUACAGGCCUACAAAUACUCUUUACACUCUUGCAAAACGUUGCACAAGAAGAAGCUGCUGCUCAGAGUUUCUAUCAGACCUAUUUCUGUGAUAUCCUUCAGCACAUCUUUUCAGUUGUGACAGACACCUCACAUACUGCUGGUUUAACAAUGCAUGCUUCGAUCCUUGCAUACAUGUUUAAUUUAGUAGAAGAAGGAAAAAUAAGUACACCAUUGAAUCCUGGAAACCCAGUUAACAACCAAAUGUUUAUUCAGGAGUAUGUGGCUAAUCUUCUCAAAUCUGCUUUUCCUCACCUGCAAGAUGCUCAAGUUAAACUGUUUGUAACAGGACUCUUCAGUUUAAAUCAGGAUAUCCCUGCUUUCAAGGAGCAUCUUAGGGAUUUCCUGGUUCAGAUAAAGGAAUUUGCAGGAGAAGAUACAUCUGAUCUGUUUUUAGAAGAAAGAGAAACAGCCCUUCGACAGGCUCAGGAAGAGAAACAUAAACUUCAGAUGUCUGUCCCUGGCAUCCUUAAUCCACAUGAAAUUCCUGAAGAAAUGUGCGAUUAAAAAUCAAAACAAGUUAUGCUGUUUUUUUUUCUGUACAGCUGCUUUGUUGUGGUAGAAGAAAACAGCAUUUGGAUAUUUGUUGACCAAAAUGAUGCCAAUUUGUAAAUUAAAAUGUCACCUAGUGGCCCUUUUUCUUAUGUGUUUUUUGUAUAAGAAAUUUUCUGUGAAAUAUCCUUCCAAUGUUUAAGCUUUUGUUUCAGUCAUCUUUAUUUAGAUUUGCAUGAAGUUGAGAAUUAAGGCAUUUUAAAAAACAAUAUUACUUCAUGCCCAUUUUGUGGCUGGGAUGGGGGGAAGAAACAAAUUGAAUUUGAAAAAAAUAUACUUGUAAAUUCUAUUGCAAAAUUAAUACAAUUUUUUCCUGUAACAAUACCAAUUUUUAAUUAGGGAGCAUUUUCUUUCUAGCCUAUAUUUCAGUCUAGAAGAAAAGGUUAAUGAGUAAAACAAUUGCGUUGUUAAAGGAUUAUUACAGUGCUGCAUUGUCUUAAAAGGUAGCACCACUUGGACUGAAUUGGAUGGCUAGACUACAUGUAUUACGAGUCUGUAUGGCAAGUUUGCAGCAAGAUCAUGUGCAUAUCAUCCCAUUGUAAAGCAACUUCAGAGAGUAUGGGAACACAGUUAGUUAUUUUUACACAGUUCUUUUUGUUUGUGUGUGUGUGCUGUCGCUUUGUCGACAACAGCUUUUUGUUUUCCUCAAUGAGGAGUGUUGCUCAUUUGUGAGCCUUCAUUAACUCGAAGUGAAAUGGUUAAAAAUAUUUAUCCUGUUAGAAUAGGCUGCAUCUUUUUAACAACUCAUUAAAAAACUCUGGCUUUUGAGAUGACUUAUACUAAUUUACAUUGUUUACCAUGCUGUAGUGCUUUAAGAACACUACUUAAGAGCAAAAUAAACUUGGUUUACAUUUAUUUUUCCUUUAUUGACUCAAUUAUUGAUGUAUUAUUGGAAGUGGUCAUCUUUGUGUUGAGUCAACUUAACGUAAAGAGUUUGGAACCUGGGAUAGAAACAGUUGUAUGAUGGACAGGAAAAUGUAGCUUUUAAAUUGCUCUAUGUAAUUACAGAAACAUGUGUGUCUGUAUGUGUAUAUAUACAUAUAUAUGUCUACAGAUUAUCAACCUGUUUCUAAACAUAAAAGUUUUAUGAGUGUACCCUUGUAUAAAUCUCCUUUUUUUCUGUCAAAUGGAGGUGAAGGAAUAGAACGUUUGUCAACCAAAAGGAACUUUGUAGAAUUUCAGGAAAACUAGUUGCCUUUUUAAUUGCAUUCAUUGCUAUCUUAAAAUAAUCUCAUACUGCUUUGUUUCUUUUUAAUAUGUAGGGAUUAAUUCCAACUAAAUUGCUGUGAUUUCAUUAAGGAAAGAGGGGAGGGUAUGGCUAGACUUUAGUAUUUUGAUUUUGGGACAAAAAUGGGUCAACAAUUGGAAGGGACUAGGACUUGGGGAAAGUUGUAGAUAAAGGGAGUACAGGAAAGGGCAUGAUUUGGUCCAGAGUUUCAUUUCUGAUAAAAACAUUAAAGAGCCUAAAGAAGUAAGAUCAUCUGUACACAGUCAAGCCUUGAGAACUUGGUAUUAAGAGGUGGUUUUGGUCAUUCAGAACCAUAGGACUACAAGCUGCCCGCCAUCUUUAGGUGGGCGGCAGAAAAGGCAUUUGUCAGAAUUUGUUUUCUGGUGACUUGUGUUUUAACUUCAACCAAAAAGAAGUUGUUGUAGUGUAAUGUUUAUAUGCUACAUCUUAAAUAUACUUUAAAGCUUUUUUUGUAAGACAAAUCACUUCAUGAUAAUGAAUGUAAUUUUAAAGUUGUAUUAUAACUAUUUAAAUAGAAAAUUAUUUAAUGCCUUGUGAAAGCUGUUGCAAUUUCUAGGUUGUAGCUGUAGUAAAUCUCUGGAAAGCAUAAAAAAUGGAGUUUAGUACA